UUGAAUCUUUGGUUUAAAAUUUUUUUUUUCCUUUUCAGUAGGGUAAGUAAGGUAGUAAAGAAGAGACUGGAACCCGGUUGUUUGUCAAAAGCAUACGAUUUCGAACUCGCGUAAAUGUACAUUUGCUAAAUGCUAUAGCAUGAACGAUCUUCGAAAACAUAUGUUCGAAAGUGCUCAAUGUUGCAUUUUAAAUGCAGCAAAAACACUGCAUUACUUAGCAUACGUCUUCAAACGGGAAUGCCUUUGUAUUAUAUCAUUUUUGACUUGAACCGUGUAAAACCGUCAUAAUGAAUAGUCGUUUUAUAUAAAGGAUUAUGAGUAUAUGGCAACGCUAUCUUUUAUGCACUUCCAAAAUGUAUAUGUAUAGGUGGUCCACCUCGAUUUGUUUCGUUUCAUACAUCGCUUUUACUUUUUAUGUUAGUGGUAUUUAAGAUAUGUGGUUUAGUUAGAAAAAUAGUAUUUUUUUGUUUAUACAAUCCUGGCAUAGGAAGAUAUUAAAUUACAGUUACAUAUUUAAUUCUAUAGCUUAAAUUCUGCGUUAAAAGUGCAACCAAAUUCAUAUCGCCAAUUGAACAAAAUGUUCAGACUAAGUAGAAAUUGGUGUAAGGAAUAAGAAACCAGAUUUGUGAACGAAGUAAUUAUCAUUUUGCUAAUCAAUUAUGAUAUAAAAAUAGUAAACAACAAAAACAGUUGACAAUUAAUUUUUUUUCAAAUAAACAGUACUUCAGAAAGUAAGAUAUCAUUUGAACGUGCUUAAAAUAAUAAUCUGGAGAUGAAUGCAUCAUCAACCACGCCGUUGGAUACGGCUGUUAACAAACAUGGGUCUUUUAAAGGCUUUAAUUACCCGCUAGCUGAAUCUAAUUAUACUGGGAAUUCUAGCAGCUUGGCUUCCAAAUGUGAUAAAUUUAAGCGUUACAGUAGGACAAAGCUUUUUGAUCUUCGCAAUGAUUCAUAUUCUCGUCGCCGUCCUGAAAAAAAUCUUCAAGCUGAAUUGCAAUCCCUUGGUAUAUGGAAGUUUAAUUCCGGUGCGAACGUAUAUCAAAAUGGUGUUAGCCCAAGCAGCGAAGCGGCUAUUGUUUCUAGCUUAAGUGGCGGUAGUCACUCGGUACAAGUGUCAUCUACUCAUUUGCGAUCACAGCGCUCUCCUUCAAGACGUGAUCAAAAUACGGCAGUAAACAUAAAUUCAUCAUCUCAGCAUAACUUAUCUCAUCAUAGCCUUCAUAAGUCUUACAUUGAUCACCGCAGCAUUUCCUCGUCACAUCUCAUGCCAGCAUUUGCAAAGAGACGAAUAGCGGCUUCUUCAACCACAACAAGUAAUGCAACCGGAAUGGUUUCUCAAAAUUUACCUGGCAGUGGAAAUUCGUCGUAUGGCCCCAACUCUCCGGUUGAUACCCGGUCACAAACACCUACGGAUGUUAAGGAUGGCAUAUUGUGUACCAGUAUUUCUGCGGGAAACAAUGGCCAUAUCAGGCAACGUACUAAAGACAAAUUAUACGAAUACCGUCAUUCUGCAAGUGCUGGAAGUUCCAAUGUUGGAGAUGAUCCAAACAUAUUAUUUUCUCCGCAACGUAAAGUAUUGGCUGAACACGACCGCGAUCGAGAUCAAGAGCUCCAGUCAAGCAAUGGCUGCUUAUCUUCUCCGGUUUCGUCAGGUUCUGCGAGACACAGUCACAAUAGUGUUGGCCUUGCUCAUGAGCGACGAAUUGGAAGCGGUCGCUUGCUCCCUCGCGACGUCAGUUGGGAUUAUCGUACUGCACAAGACAGAGAUAAAAGUCAAAUAUUGAACUCGGUUACAACAAUAGAUAAAGAAGCAGCUUCAAAUCAUUUAGGGCAGACGCGAGGGGGACGGUAUACUGAACGAACUAAUGAUCGGACUUCUGGUGGGGGUAAUGGAUUUACAGAACGCCGACAGUUUGAUCACCGUGGCGGCGGUAAUGAUGAUAAUAUACGUGAUAAAUAUGAGCAAGGUAUCAGCACAAACUCACCCAGUGCUCAUAGCGGUGUAACUAGGAAAGACAUAUAUGGACCGGAGUCGUCUUCAAGUCAGCAUAUUGUAUCACAUAACCGUAAUCGGCGCAAUCAUCAGUAUAACGAAAGGAAUGAGGAGCCUGAAUGGUUUAGUGGCGGUCCAACAUCACAACAUGAUACAAUUGAGCUGCGAGGAUUCGAGGAAAUCGACGAUCAUUACAAUGCCGGCAACAGUCGGAAUCCUGGUAAUAAUAAACGAUCAGCUUUUUCAUCAUCGUCGAGAAAAAUGAGUGAAUGUUCGUCCUCUCGCGCAAGCAGCACAAUGAAUUUGUCUAGCUCGAAGUCGAAAGAACAUUUGCAUGGAUCAGUUGACCAGGAUAAAGAAGUUAAUUGCACCCCAAGAAUGUCUCAAAAUAAUUUACCAAGCAGUAAUACCGAAAAUGUUGAUCCUCCUAACGAAGAAGAGAAAAAUUCUUCAUUUGAGGGUGGUGAUAGCAACAAUAAUAGUUCUGAGAUAACUCAAAGAAAAAAGACAGCCAAUGAGGGAUCUCUUCCUGAUUUCUUAUUAGAAAAAGAAGGGACAACACCAAAAGCUUCAAGUAACUCACGAAUUAAUACAAGAGACACCGAAUUUAAUUUCGACGUUUUUCUUAACCCUAAUCUUGACCCACUCAAGCAUUCACUCAUGCGAGGAGAUAAUUCAAAUGGGAACAUUAAUGAAAUUAUGGGUAGCUCACGAUUUAGUCGAUGGUUUGGAAAUAAAAAUGGCUCCACUGACACACAAUCAUCGGCUGGCAGCAACAAUGAUAACAGCAUUGCCACGGAGUCAGUUCAAGAUAGAGGUGUAAAUAAAGACGAAACUAAUACUCUUAUGGAAUUUCUAAAUAAACUGCCCUCAUUACCGGAUUCCAGUGUAUCACAGAAAG